AUGGCCACACUCCGCUAUUAUAUCAUCGACGUCUUCGCCUCAACAGCCUACCAAGGCAACCCCCUCGCAGUGGUAGAUACAACAACCACCCCUCCUCUCACAAACACCCAAAUGAAACUGAUAGCAAGACAAUUCAACCUAUCCGAAACAACCUUUAUCUGCCCCCCAACAAGCACAAAAGCAACCUGGCGCCUAAGAUCUUUCCUUCCAAAUGGCGAAGAAGUUUUCGGAGCAGGCCACAACUCACUCGGUGCCUGGUGGUGGAUUGCCCAUUCAGGACUUGUGGACGUGCAUAUUACACCUGGCACUCCUCAGCGGGGACGGAUAUAUCAUCAACAACUAGGCGACAAUAUCCUCCCAGUUGAAAUAUCUCAGUCUAACCUGGGGGAUAUCAUUAUCUCAAUGCGCCAGGGCCAGCCUCAAUUCCUAAAUAAACAUACCAAUCCAGAAUCCCUGUCUCGAUCUCUUGGGAUUAAAGAAUCCGAUAUCGGGCUGAAAAACGCAGGGAUUGAACUUGAUGAGCCAAGGGUCGUUACUACAUCACCUGCGCGCCAUCUCCUAGUUCCAGUGCGGGAUAUGGAAGUCCUUCGCAAUGUCAGUUUUGCUGAUAAAGACGGUAUUGCGAAGGAGCUUGCUAGUACGAGCAGUUAUAAUAGUGGUGUUUAUGUCUUUACUUCUGUUGCAAUUGAAGAUGGAUCUCCAGUCCCUAGAUUUGAGGCGAGGUUUUUCAGUCCGGGGAUGGGAAUGGAGGAUCCGGCUACUGGCUCUGCUGCUGGGCCUUUGGCUGCUUAUAUGUGGGCGAAGAAUGCGGGGACUUUGGGAGAUAAGAUGGCGCAGAUUGAGGUGUUGCAGGGGGUGCAGACUGGACGGCGAUGUUUGAUGAAGUUGUGUGUUGAGGUUGUUGAAGAUGGAUUCGCUAUUUCGAUUUCUGGGACCGGUGUGCUUGUUGCUGAUGGUAACAUUGUUAUACCGAGUCUUGAUGUUUCUUUCUAG